AGGUUUCUGUGAUGAUUAUGUCUCUAAAAGCAGCAAGCCUGGGACUGAACAUGGUUGCCGCCUGCCACGUCAUCCUCCUGGACCUGUGGUGGAACCCAACAACUGAAGAUCAAACCAUUGACAGAGCACAUAGGAUCAGACAGAGUCGUUCUGUCACAGUUUUGCGGUUGACUGUAAAGGAUACUGUUGAAGACCGUAUUUUGGCUCUUCAGGAAAAGAAGAGGAAAAUGGUUGCGUCUGCAUUUGGGAAGGAUAAGAAUGGCAGUCAAGAGACCCGUCUAACUGUGGAGGAUUUGGAAUACUUAUU